AGAUAAGAUAUAAUGAACAUUUGCCAAAAUGCAAGGGUCUAAAUAAUGCCUCCCAGCGACCGCAAAUGCCAGUAAAAAAUAGGAGUGUCAAAGCUUUCUAUAAUCAUAAAUGCAUGCAACCAAAUCCAUAUCGCAUUUUCUGGGAUCUAGAAAUGUUAACCGAAAAGUUAACUCCAGAAGAGAAGACGAAGUUAACCCAUACCGAAAGAUUACAGAUGCAUAAGCCGUGUGGCUAUUGUUAUGUAGUUGUUCGUAUGGAUAGUUCACUUAACUAUGAAAUCAUAAGUCAUGAUUUAUAUAGGGGUCCAGAUGCGCUUGAAAAAUUCGUUGAAAAAAUCGAGGAGGAGCUAGCAAACAUACAGGAGGACUUAUCUGCGCCUGCAGAAAUGAUAAUGUCACCAGGAGAUCUUAAAGCAUACAAUGAAGCGACAGAAUACUGGAUUUGCAAGGGACCUUUCUUAAAACCAGCACCAGAGGUAGUACAAAAACUCGAAGAAGCAAAGCAUAACCUAUUAGAAAUCAAAGAAUGGGAAUCAUGCAUGAAAAAGGAACAUCCUAAAAAGAAAGAGGCACAGAAAAAAUACCGAGAAGCUUUAAGUGGGCUUAAUCGAAAAGUAAAAGAUCAUGAUCAUAUAAAUGGAAACUACCGAGGCCCAGCUCAUGACUCAUGUGUGAUGACCCAAUACAUGCCUACAGAAAUUUUGGGUAAAGUGAGUCCAGGGGAAGUACCAGAUAUCCAAAGUAUCGCGCCUGAUGCAGAAAUAGGCUAUAUGCUUGAAAUUGAUCUAGAAGCUCCAGUGCACUUGCACGAUUACUUUGCAGAUUAUCCUUUAGCGCCAGAAAAGCAGAUAGUUCCAGAAAAAUGGCUUAGCUUAAAAUAUGAUAAUCUUGCGAAAAAUUAUGGAGACUAUCUAAAGAAAUUGCGAGCUGAAAAGGAUCCGAAUAACUAUAUUAAGACACUUGCAGUAAAAAUGUUUCCUAAGGAAGAAGCAUAUACUGAAAGGCUAGAAAAUUAUCGCAAAAGGUAUGAAGAUAAUGAUCUAUAUGCCAGUCUAGAGGAAUUAUAUGAGCUUUAUUAUCAUAUAGCUAAGGAGGAGAAUCGCGAAAGAUCAGAUGAUGAAAUAGAGCAGAUGCUCAAAGAAAUGGCAAUCUAG